CGUCAAUGCCACUCACCACACCGACGAAUCUGGGUUCUUUCUUCGACUAUUGUCGGCUGCGCAUCCAUUCACUUACUGCGAGCCAGUGACUGCCCCGGUGCGGUUGUUGAGAAAGCUUGCAUCAACCCGUCUUUCUUUCUGUGUGCGACCCACCAUCACAGGCGACCGUUACAAUGCAUGCCUUUGUGUGUGUGCCCUGACGCAUGAAUAGGGGGGUCGUCGGGGGCACCAGGUGUCGACGGGAGCUUCACGAUAGUAUUGCCCGUCAGGUUCGUUGGAGACGAUUGUCGGCCUUCUCUCGUGUCGAAGCGGUAGGUAGUUACCAGAGCUCCUAGGCGGAUGGAUGGCCGCAGCACAGCUCGAUCGGCGCGGCGCUUUCUGGGCACGUCGUGGGCCACCCACCGCUUUCUCGCCCAUGGUUGCUUUUGCAAGCGGGUGGAGGCGGCGGAGCUGUCCGCAGACAUCGCGGGGUCCCGAGGGUGUCGCUGCGACUCCCGUCCCGCGGCAGUCACUGCCGCACUUUUCGCCUGUGUGACCGAGCUUGUACCCUAAACACGGCCUACGGAACUCUAGCACUUUAGGACCGUCUUGUGAAGAUAUAUAUUUCCCAUUAUCCCUUAGCCACUGAACCAUUAGUAACGACGACGACGACGCCUACGCAGGCUCCAAAACGCCAAACGUGGUUCCUCAUGGGCUGCGCUAACCCACACUCAGACAUUCAGCUUCGGCCGCAUGUCACAUCCUUCCCGUCUUGGGCCACUUGCUCGCUGCAGGGAAAGCUGCUUGCCGGCCAGCCCACCGCGAGUCGGGUGACGGGGGGAAUGGGGGACGGACCCAAUGAAUAGCUCGCCCUUUGCAAUUACGACGUCAAUCAGGGCAUCAGAUGUGACGCCGGGGGGGACUCGCAGCUCCAGCAACAUGGUUGCUUUUGGCCUCGUUCGGCACGGCCCUCGUCCUGGCUGGGGGCUACUAACUAAUGCAUGCUUUGCGAUGGGCCCGUGGACUUUGACGUUUGUUGACUGCGUCGGUGCAGCUGUGGUUCGGCUCCCAGAACACGGGGUAUGAUGAGAGGAGGGGGGAGAAAAGGGAGAGACGCAGAGAGAGAGACGGAAAGGGAGCUCGUCGCACGGCUCGUGGCUGGGAGCCAACCGAGUUGCUGUGCCGCUUUGGCAACCACAGACAGCUACACGACACGGAUGUCGCCUCUAGACCGUCGACCGGGUCUCUCUCGCAGGCAGACCGUUCUCAUUAGUAGCGAUCCACGGUGGCUGCAUAUGUGUGUUGUCAAUCCCUCCAUUGGUACGACGAUUCCCGGAGCAGCUGGGGGUUCACUGCAGAUGCAUGUCUCCGCUUGUCGAGCCACGCUGCUGCUGCCAAUGCUAUGCUAUAUGAACGGGCAAGGUCCCAGAAACCGGCUCUGGAGCUGCCAGCUACCUUUUUGAUAGCAGCUGCUGCUCCCUCCCGGGCCCUCUCUCAUCAGCGUCUCGCGUGUGCGUUGACCCGUGCCUGUGUUGCUUCGCUUUCGCUUCACUUCACCAUGACGCAGCCGAUCCCCCAGCCGGCGGGCGUGCCCAUCCUGGGCAACAUCUUCGACAUCCAGCCCAGCAACACCUGGGCGUCGCUCAAGAAGCUGUCGGAGCAGUACGGCGAGAUCUUCCAGGUCAAGGUCUUUGGGCACACCAUUGUCUUCGUGGCGAGCGUCGCCCUGGCGCAGGAGCUAUGCGACGAGAAGCGCUUCCGAAAGUACGUCGGCGGGCCCGUCGUCGAGAUACGCGACGCGGUGCACGACGCCCUCUUCACGGCCUACGACGACGAGGCGAGCUGGGGCAUCGCGCACCGCAUCAUCGCGCCGAAGCUGCAGCCGGGCGAGAUGGCCCUGCGCUUCGACGAGAUGCGCGACACGGCGUACGAGCUGUUUGACGUGUGGAAGGCUCAGGGUGAGGACGUCGGCGGGCGGUCGUCAGUGUCGCCGUUCAAGGACCUCUCCAGGCUGAACCUCGAGGCGACGACCUUUACGCUCUUCGGGGUGCGCCUCAACUGCCUGAGCGGGCCGGAGCACCCCAUGCUCAAGGCCAUGGAGGACUCGACCGCCGAGGCCGUGAUGCGGCCUACCCGGCCCGGCAUCCUCAACACGCUCCUGUAUAGGGGCAAGUGGAAGUCAUCCAUCAAGGCGCUGCGCGCGUAUGCCGCGGACGUGGUCAAGUACCGCAAGGAGCACCCGACCGACCGCCAGGACGUCCUCGCCGCCAUGAUGAACGCGACGGACCCCGAGACGGGCAAGGCCCUGACCGAGUCGCAGGUCAUCGACGAGGUCGUGUCCAUGCCCAUCGGCAGCAGCACCGCGCCGUGCCUCCUCGCCACCGCCAUCUACCUCCUGCUCAAGAACCCCGAAAACAUCGCCAAGGCGCGCGGGGAGCUGGACGCCAUUGUCGGUCCCGGCGGCGAGUUCAAGCACGAGCACCUGGACCAGCUGCGGUUCGUGCAGGGCAUCCUGCGCGAGUCGCUGCGCCUGUCGUUUGCGGCGCCGGGCUUCAACAUUGAGCCGAUACCCAGCAAGGAUAAUACCAACAGCAACAGCAACAACAGCAAAGCUCCUCCCGUGCUGCUCGCCGGUGGCAAGUACCAGGUGGCGCACAACCAGGCCAUGAUCAUCGUCAUGGCGGGCGUGAACCGCGAUCCGGCCGUCUUCGAGGACCCGCUGGCGUUCCGGCCCGAGCGCAUGGUCGGCGAGGCGUUUGAGCAGCUGCCGCCGGGGGCCAAGAAGUGGUUCGGCAACGGCAAGAGGGAGUGCAUCGGCAAGCACUACGCCUGGCAGUGGAGCCUGCUCGUGUUGGCCAUGAUGCUGCGGGACCUGGACUUUGAGAUGGAGAACCCGGACUACAAGAUGGAGCAGGAUGGGUGGUUCAACGUUCGGCCGAUUGGGUUUAAUGUCAGGGUCAAGGCGAGGGUGGCUUAAUUGCUAUGGCUCUUUGUUAUUUGUUUGUAUGUUUGUUUGCCUACUUGUUUGUGCGGGACGGGGUGGUGCGGUGCCCGGUGCGUCGAGAACCGCGCGAUGCAGAUACCUACCUGCCUAAUGAUAUCAUAUAGUCUGAAUGAUGAACACGUUUUUUCUUGGAG